UAGCAGCGCAGAAAAGGCCUCUGUUGGCACAACUUUUGUCGAUAGCAUUUGUCUUGCACGCCGGGCGCGUUCUGUCGGUUUGCGUUGAGUUGAGGUUGAGGACAAGGGACAAGCAAGAACGUGUAACGCCGCCGAUUCUAGGAUAGAUACUGUGAGGGCUAGUGAUCUAACUGCUCAUCACACACCAUGGUGGCUACUAAGCCGAACAAAUUUUCUAGACUGCAUCCACCUGAAUUUUUGGGAAAAUCAAACAAUGCUGAAAUUCCUAGGUCCAGGAAGGGACGUAGGAAAUCUGGAGUGAAAAAAAUAUUUUUGAAAUCAGAUGCUAGAAAUAUGAUUGCGGUACCUAAUGACCACUCCAGUAGAUUGAAGAAGAAGAAAAUUGUUUGUGUCAAGAAACGAUGCCACAUCAAAAAGGAUCAGAAGCAAAAGAAGCUCUUAGCCACUGCUCAGAACUCCGAAGAUCGAGUUUCUUCUUGGCUGAAGAAUCAAACUGCAGAAAAUCUUAUUCAUCAGCAGUCUGAAUGUACUUCUGAUCAAGCAGCCACCAACUCUUCCAAUUCAGACAUGGUAGCUAAGUCACCAACCAAGGGAGAUUGUGAAAUUAGUGCUAUCUUUCAAACUCUCGUGCCCUCAGAAGUUUUGGUGCAGCGCUCCUGUGAGAAAUUGAACCAUUUGGAGGAGAAUGGUGAAGAAGAAAGUGCAGUUUUUCCCCAUGCAGAAGGAGAUAUCCGUGUGCCUUCAGCGAAUAGUACAAUCUUCUCCUGUGAAGAUCAACAUCUAAAACUCAAGGAUGAUGCUAUGAAGCCUCGUUCUGAAGAAAGUUUUCACCAAACAACUUUGGAAUGCAAUGGUAUUGUAGAUGACACUCCAGAGAAUUUUUCUGUCAAAGAUCAUAUGAUUCGGAAACCAAAACGUGUUCUGGGAAGACCUCUAUGUUCUUCCAAAAAAUUGAAGGCAAGCAGUGCAGCGUCAAGUAGGAAAGCAUUACAGAGAUUCUAUCUGAAAAAUUCUCAGGGUGGCUUCCAGCUUGCUCUGAAAAAGUUCAGGAAAGUAAGGCUACGUAAAACAGGGAAUGAGUUGCUGACAACCGAUCAAGGUUCCAAGAUAACUCUCAAAGUCCCUAUGGAAAUUUCAGUGAAGAAGAGGUUGGAUGCACCUCCAUCUUGCAUGAUGGUAUCAUGUACCCCUGAUAAAGACAGAAGUGUGUGCAAGUUUUUGGUGACACCAAGGAAAGAGGAAGGCUUGCCCUCCCAAAAAGUUGUAUCCUGUAAAUUACCUUUUGAUUCCUCUGUGGACUCAGGCUUAUCAGAGGAUGAUACAAGCACUCCUGAAGGACACACUAAAAAUGCAAAUCAAGAGAACCAAUCAAUGGAGAAGAGAGAUGUUUGCUACAUUUUUGCGUUACUUGAUAGAGAAAUAAAUGAAACAGUGUUUAAAUGCUCUCCACAUUUGAAAAGCUCAGAGAUUCUUCAACAAAUUGCUUCUGUCAUCAAUACAAUAUCUAUGGACGAUGAUCUUAUGACAGCAAAGGGCAUAUGCAAGGGGCUCACAACUGAAAUGGAAAAUUCAAAUUCUUUAAAAAAUUAUAUUGACAGGAGUACAUCUCCUAUUUUAUAUUGUGACAACUCUGAAGAGGAUCCCCAGAGAAGAGGAGGGUGUGUCUUUGAAGAAUCCAACAACGAUUGGGAAGUCCCUCCAUCAAAUGUAGAAUCCAGUCCAGAAGACCAUCUUGGCUCUUCCAAGCAGAAGGCUGAAGGGCAGGCGAAGACUGAUGUGACUUCAGCUACUAAGGUGAUGAUUGUGAAAGCUCUCAUGACCCUUACAUCUGAAUUGAAGAUUCCUACUGACAUUUCAGUUAGACUUUUAAAGUGGUCCUCAGUGACAUUCAAGGGAGACAUCGAUAAUGACAUGUGUGAAGAUGAAUUUGAAGGAUUUUUAUGUCAUUGUCAUGAUAAAGUUAGCAUUUUGUUGGAGACUUGCUGUGUUUUAGAUUCUAAAUUCAUCAUCAACUUAGAAGAAGCUGAGCUGAAGAAUAUGUGGCUGCUUCAUGAUGCUCUGUGCUGUAUGUUACAGGCAUACAGAUAUAUUCAGGAUCUGUCAUCUUCACCAUCGUCUUCCUUCAGACAGCACCUUCUUUCUUUGAUGACAACUUGUGCAAAGACUAUUUUACCCAAUGACAAAAUUAGUGUAACUACUUGGAUUUCCUUGAUGACCAUGAUUCAAGGAAUUAAUGAAAAACUGUGGUUGAAGGAUGUGCUAUCUAAAGCUUGCCAGUGCCAUCAGCACUUCAUUUCCCUAUCGCAAAGCAGAUUCUGCCGAGUAUGUGACCUGAAUUGUUUGUAUGAAGACUUAUGCAGGGAGAAUGAAAAAGAUGUUCGUACAUCAACCAAAAUAGAGAAAUCUGAGCUGGUUACAUCUACUUCAACUGUUCUGGAACAGCUUUUCCCUAGAUAUUGUUGGUUUCUGAGCAGAAUAGAAAAUCUUUCUGAAGAAGAGUUCAAGACUGCCUAUUCCAAACAUUUAGUUGUGAAAUUUUCAUGUAACUCACAGAGUGGUUUGCAACCAUGUGAUGAGCACCUGACUGAAAUAGCAUGCACUUGUUUUUCAUCAAGUCUUGCCUUUGAUUCCCAGGCAGAGGUAGAUGAAGCUGGAUCAUCUGUAAGUGAAACUAUAAAACAAGAUGAAAAUAGAUCAUCUUUGUCACAAGACACUGGUUCUGAUCAACAAAAACUAUGUGCAGGUGAUGAAAUCUUCUCAUCUGACAGCGUCAUACCUGACUCUCACAUUGAAUCGAAUGAUGUUGAAAGUCUUCAAAAUGUUACAUCUCAGACAGAUACUGUUAGUCGCUGUGAAACAGUAAGCUUGAGUUGUGGCUCUACUCAGUCAUCAGAUGAUUAUACCUUAGAAUUUCCAGAAUCUCCAGGUGAAACUACCUUAGAUGCCUCAAACCUCAAAAGGCAGAAAAGCACAUUUGAGGAGAGAGCUGCUGAACUCAAUGUCAGAAAUUCUGGGAAUGAAUGUGGUGAAGAGGUUGAGGAUGACAGAGAUGAGACAAUGCCAGAUGAAAGCUCAGAGAGCCCUGAUAUUGACUAUUCCCCUUUAAAGUUUCAGCUUGCACAAUCUACUCUGGGAAGUGCCUUUACAUCCUUUGAUCGUCAACACUCCAUGAAAGAUGAGAAAAGCAGCCUUCUUAAAAAGAAAAGUUCCAACCAAGCAUCAUACAGCAGGCAUUUUGAAAGCAAGUCCAAAAUGCCAGUUGAAGAAAUAACUCUUGACUCUGAGAGUUCAUCUGAUAUUUCUGAAUGCAUGAUGAAUGUUAGCACAGGAGAGGAUUCUGUCUUUGGGUCAAGUCCUACUCGACAUCUAGUCAAUGAAACUACAACCUGUUUGGCCAAUCAAGCGUCAUUCAGUGAUUCAACUACAGAAACUGAAAAUGGUCUGUUCAUCCGUCAAGAGGAACUCCCAGAUGCUGAUCAAAGUACUUCUGCUUCUCUUCAAUCAUUUACAUCUUGUGAUUCAGCAGUACCAUCUCAGAAUGAACAACUGAAAAAUGAUGGUGAUGUGUCGUCAUCCAACAUAAAAAGUCGUGAAAACAGGAAAUAUGAGAUGGAUGCUAAUUUCAAUGGGAAUAUUAAGAAGUCUAAACUUAAUUCUCCACCUCUUUAUAAUGUGGGUUGGUCUUCGGAAUCUGGAAGCUCUGAUAGCUAUCACCCCUCACCUCAACUCAACCAAGAAAUUAAAUCUCUUGGCAAAAGUGAGCCACUUGAUGUGGGUGUAAUGGCGCCUUCCAAAGAGGAUAAGGAUCUCAGAACUCAGUCCAGUAGAAACUUGAGAUCUGAAAAGAGUAGCAGAAAAAAGGAAGUUGACAAGAUGAAAGAGCUAGAACCAGUCAAAACAACUCACAGUAUUCCAACUCGGAAACCAGUUCUGAGGAGUACGAAUUCUGUACAAUCCUUAACAAAGAACCAGGAUGUAGCACCUGUGAACUGUGUUGACGGGAAGGAAUUAUCAGAAGAACUGCAAUAUCCUCGAGCUUCAGUGAGGAAUCAAGCUCAGUCAUCUCUCAGAACGAAAGGGUGUGUUCAGCAGCAAGAUGUGACCUGUGACCAUGAUUCAUCUCAGAAUGAUGUUAAUCAAGAAGUAAGGAAACCCAAAGGAGAUCAUCCUUUUAGGAAGAAACAUUUGAGCUUGUCUAAGAGAAAUAACAAGACUGAAUGUUCAGAUCUAGCUCAAACAACCAAGGGUAUUCAAACCAGGAGAUCAACUUUCAGUAAAACUGCUGAUCACCAGCAUAGCCAAAAUGGCGCAGUGAAUAAAAUUAUGACAGCUCCUAUUCCUAAACAGGAGUCUCUAAAUUCUUGUUCAGUAAAAGAUGGUACGACAUCGCAGCAGUGCCUAGGUGAAACUGAAAAUAACAACCUGUCACAUUUGAAAGGUAACAAAAAAAUUGUCAAUGAAGAUAAUUCUCAAUCAGCUGCUUCAUUCAAUGAGAGAAAAGUAAAAAGCACAAAGCUAAGUGAUGAAAGUAAUAUUACUGAUUAUCAAGAAUGUUCUUUGACUAGCAUUUUAAAAGUAGGGAAUACAACAAAAAAUGAACAAGAUCGUCAAUCAAAGAGAAAUAUUCCAGAAGCAGAGCCUGAGGAUUCUUCAAAUUACACCAAGAAGGUUAGAUUUUCUUCACCUGAUAAUUCUUACCAUAUUAUUGAAGAUAGAAGAGAACUUCAAAAGCUGGAAAAAUCAAGGCAGUCUGAAAUAAAUUAUUUGAAUGGUCAAACAAGCACCACAUCUAAACACAAGAAGCAAGAAAGGAUAUCUAUUUCAUGUGACGUUGUACCCUUUGAUAGACCAGCUGAUUCCAAUAUUCUUGCACCAACUUUGGAAGUAGGAACAAAACCUGAUGGUGAACGGAAAAGUUGUCUCAAGACCCCUAAAGUAGAGAGUGAAGUUUUGAGCUCAGAAGGAAAGGUUGCUGUGAAGGCCAAGAGUAAUUUGAAGAAAGUACUGACAGAGAAUGGAAGUGACCCUCAAGCUGUCAACCAUGAUUCAAACACUCAUGUUACCUCGCAGAUGACUCAGAAGAAAGAACUGACAUCUAGUACUAGCUCUGUCUCUGAACUUCCUGUCAAGAUCAAGAAAGAAAGAGUACAGAGCAGCGGAAAGAAAAAUCUGCCUCCACAAUUGUCUUCUAUUUCUGCUCAAGAAGAGAUUGUAAUGAAAUCAAAUAAGAGAAAAAAGAGUAUUAAAACAGAGGAGGAGUUGUCUAUCAAACCAUUAGUGAAUCCUUCAAGCCCGAGCAAUGAUGAAGUAGAGGUAUUGGAAACUCUGCAGAAGCCUAAAAAAAACAAGAAAUCAAAGGUGGCCAAAAAUGUGAAAGAUUCUGCAACAAAUGAGGAAGAUUUUCAAUGUGAAGCCAGUGAUUCUUCUUGGAAUGCAUAUCUUUCUACACUAAGAGCAAGGAUGCUAGAGAAGUAGCAUAUAUUCAAAAAAUAUAAUUAUUGUUUUUUGCUUUAUUAGUGUAAUACAUCAGAGGAUAUUCUUUUUAUUUUGCUGUGGAAAGUACUUUAUUUUUGUCUUUUAAUUAUUAGUUUUCUAUGAAUAUUUCAUUGUUGAAAAAUAGUAUUGUACGUACGGUUAAAGCACUGAUUUUUUCCUGAUUUCAUAUAAUCUGUGUUAAGCCUUACCAAUGUUGAUAUUGCAAGCAACCAUGUAAAGUUGUUGUCCCUGGCAAAGUCUGCAAUUCAUCUUUUUGCCGCACCUGUGAUUUUUAAUAAAAAAUAAUUCAGUAGAAA